AUGGCAUCUCGAAUCCGCCAUGUCCUUAUUACAGGCGGCAGCCGAGGUAUUGGCCUUGCAAUCGCACAAGCUCUCGCCAGACAGUCGUAUCGCUGCACUCUAAUCUCCCGCUCAGAAAAGCAUCUCAAAGCCGCCUUGACCACCCUCAGUCCCAUCACAGCAACACCACACGGGUAUGUCGCAGGAUCGAUUGCGUCACCAGACUUCUGGACUACCACAAACUUCUCCUCAAACGGGCUCGUCAAAGGAGAUGAUGCAUCCAAGAUAGACGUUCUUGUGAACUGCGCGGGCAUAACGCAAUCCCGUCUCUUCACUACCACGCCUACAGAGGAUAUCGAAUCCAUAGUCGAGACAAAUCUCACAGCCCUAAUGCUCGGCACGCGCUUCUUGCUACGCAACAAAUAUCUGCACUCGACAACUAGGUCACGCUCUUCUGUGGGGCAAACAGGCCUCACGCCAAGUAUCAUCAAUGUAUCAAGCUUACUGGGAGUGAAUGGAGGAUACGGUGCCGUAGCGUACGCAGCAAGCAAAGCAGGGGUUCUGGGUUUCACCAGGGCGUUGGCAGCAGAGUACAUGGGACAUGGAGUGAGAGUGAACGCGAUUGUGCCAGGGUAUGUGGAGAGUGAUAUGACUAAAGGUACGUUGGCGUAUGGUUGCGGGUAAGGUAUACAAGAUGCUAAUAGUCAUUCGAUCUCAACACGCCGCAGUUGAAGGACAGGAUACCACUCAAAAGAUUCGGUCAGCCAGAGGAAAUUGCACAUGCAGUGGUGUUUCUCAUAGAAAACCAGUAUGCGCAUAA